AUGACGGAUCUUCCUACCUUUGAGCCCUACAUGCUCACCCCCUUCGAUCAUUCUACUUCACCAAUCCAUCUGACGCCUCUUUUUAUCUUUCACCCCAACAACCCUUCAAAUCCCACAGCUAUCCUUGAAACAGGGGUCCAUCGUCUUAUAGCCCUACUCCCAUUUCUAGCUGGAAAUGUCACUCCUUCAAGCCGAUUGCAAGGCAAGGAAAAUGUAUUGGAAGCGGCACCGCCAACACGGGAAUUUCUCCAACUGUAUCCUAUGUUUAGAGUGAAACAUCAUUGCAAACCGGUUCAGUCAAUUAACGAAGUUGGAGCCCAUGAAGAUGCAUCCCCCAAACGCUUCGCCCCAAUUCCGUACGAAUUGGCCGGAGAAGACGUGAGUCCCAUUUUCCGAGUGCAAGCCAAUGUCAUGCUAGACGCAUGUUGUCAAAAUCCAGGGGUAUCUGUCAAUCGACUCACAACCAACCGUUUGAAGGAAGAACAACGGCGGCAGUUAAUCUUUGAUGCUUCUUCUUCCAUCAGCACGGAAGAUGUCACCCAUGAAGAUAACUCUGCUCAUGACUGGGAGCCCAAUGGGGACAUGGCUUCCCAACCUUCCGUCUGUGACAGGAUCUUACUAGACGAUCGCAAAGUUGGCGGACUUAAGGAGUCAUGCGUUGGUAUACUUAAGAAUCAGCCAAACUGGAAGAGAAUCAACCUUUCACGCACUAGUGUUUUUAUAGCUGCUCUUUGGCUUAGCCUGCUUCGUGCGCGAAUUUCGUCUUCCAGCGGCUCGCCCUCAAAAGAGUCUUGUCUCGUGAUAGUCAACGACUGCCGCUCAAGGCUUGAUCGAAAGCUGCCCGCGUCAUAUAUGGGUAAUGCCUUGGUCGUCAAGGAAGUCUAUGCUUCGAUCGAGGCAGUUCUUUCUUCAAUGGGCCCUUCCGAGGAUCGUGCUUCUAGGGCAGAUCACCUUGGUCCUCGUGAUAUUUUACUUCUUGCCAACCUUGCAGCCGCUAUCCAAAGUGGCACCCUGUCAGUCACAAAUGAAUAUAUCUGCAGCACUCUCGCAGGCUUUGUUCAACAAGAUGAUUGGACUCCUAACCCCUGCCUCGGAGACCUCAUGGUCAGUGUGAUUCGGCCUUUCGAUAUCCAUGGAAUUGAUUUCGGGCCUUCGCUGGGGCCACUGAAAGAUAUAGACAUGCUAGAGAGCCGAUUCCCCAGCGCUGAAUGGGUUGUGCCGCCAUUUGAGAGGGCUAACCAGAAACUCUGGGAACUUAUAUUGUCAUUGGAUCCAGCAGUCAUUGAAAAGAUGAGGAAUGACGAUGUCAUGAAAUGCUUGGGGCUUAGCCAAGUCGUGGUGGCAAAGCUCUGA